AGAAGCUUGUUUGUAAAAUGGCUUCCUGUUGCAAAUCGUGAAGUAAACUUCUGUUCUUAUUUCCGCUUAUUCCUAUACACUGUUAUUAAGUGCUUUCGGAAGCCACUUAUCAGUCUGACCUAAAUUGUGGUUUAUUCCUGCUCAUGUUCGUACGCGAAUGAAAAUACAUGCGACGGGAGUGUGUUCGCUAAUGAGAAGUUGAUGCAAAACGAGGCAGAGAAGGACGAAGAAAUCGUCAACGACGUUGAGUCUCUGCAAAAGGUUGACGACGAAAGUCAGAAACAUUUACCUUCAGAGAUACCCGUUGAAGUUGAAACAGAUUAUACCAGAAGAGUAAUGGAGGAUCUAGAUGCCCUACUAGCAAACCUACAGAGUACGACUGCCAGCAUCUCCUCGUACCAGCUCAACCAGCCCCCACAGCAGCAGUAUUACCCUGGGCCGUCCAGUACCAACUACGUCCAGCAGUAUGACCAGUAUGAUGACCAAGGGUACCCACCCCCAGCCAGUAUAAACCCCCAGCAGAGAACCCGGCAGCAACAGGUGGACUAUAAUUUCUCUAGUGGACAUUCCAGUUACGACAGGGACCAGGGCUUAAGGCAGGGAUCACAACAGUAUCAGGGGACACCGCAAUACCCAGGGGCACAACAGUUUCAGGGGACACCACAAUACCCAGGGGCUCAGCAGUACCAGGGACCACAGUACCAGGACAAUCGGUUUCAAGCCCCCCAGGGUAAUGGUGUUGUGACUGUGAGGAGACGGAGCUACAAUUCUAGUGACGAACACUCGGGAGGGUCCACGCCCCCUCCUCUCCCACCACCUCCUCCCUCAGAGUUACUCGACAGUUUAGCCUACCCAAGAGAAGAGCAUCCAAUCUACGAGCAGCAAACCUUUGUUGUAAGGGAAGCAACUCCUUCCUCUGUAAGGGAAACAACACCUUCCUCUGUCUCAGACAGCAGUGACCAAAUCAUCCAACAGAGGGCCCAGGUGAAGGGGAGAGGGGAGAGAAUGUCCGCCCUGAGCAACAACCUGUCCGAGCUGGACCAGCUCCUGCAGGACCUCAACUCUGCCCAGUUCAUGGCCGAGGUUGACCGCAAGAGCAGCAACAUCAUUACCUUCCUAAAUUACUUGGAAGACCAGAGCGAAGGAAAGCCUAAAGUGAAGGAAGUCAGUAUUGUCAAUGGUGGGUAUGAGAAGCAAGCCCCACAAGUUGCCCCCAAGCCCUCUGGCAAGCCUGUCCAGCGAACAUCUGUGGACAACUUGUUGGACCAGCUUGAAGGUGUUGGACCAGCACCUGGCAGGUUCCCAGUAGACCCACAUUACCAGGAACUAAGUUCAGUCACCACCAACCAUUCCCACUAUCUUCAUGGUCCCACUGCUGUCUCGUAUCCAGCUUCUUCAUCCACCUCAUCCACUUCAUCAUACCAGCAUCCACAGACUGCGUCCACAGCCACAAAGGAACUGGAUGAGCUGAUGAUGUCACUGUCAGAAUUCAAGCUCCAAAACAAAACUGAGGUAGAGGAACCAGCCUAUGCCAAGCCACUAAAGAGCAGAUCCUUGUCCAGCAACAGUCCCACCAGCCCCGCGGCACCUCUGCAGCUUAUCCCACAGGAGCGUCAACAGUACCAUCAGCAGCAGCAGCAAAAUAUCCAACGAGAGAACGGUCAGCGAGAGAACGGUCAGCUAGAGAGCAUGCUGGGAGAUUUACAGUCAGACAUGAACAGGCAGGGUGUGAACAUCAAACAGAAGGGGGUGUGUGCUGCCUGCCAGAAGUCCAUUGUAGGACAGGUUAUUGCAGCCCUGGGUCGGACUUGGCAUGUAGAACAUUUUGUUUGUGCCCACUGUGAAGAGCCCUUAGGUACACGUAACUUCUAUGAGAGAGAUGGUAUGGCUUACUGUGAGAGGGACUACCACCAGCUGUUUGCACCUAGGUGUGCUUAUUGUAAUGGACCCAUUGUUGAUAAAUGUAUCACUGCCCUAGAGAAGAUGUGGCACCCGGAACAUUUCUUCUGUGCCCAGUGUGGGCGACCAUUUGGUGAGGAAGAUUUUCAUGAGAAGAAUGGGAAGGCCUACUGCAGAGAGGACUACUUCCAAAUGUUUGCACCAAAGUGUGGAGGCUGUGCUCAGCCUAUCAUGGAGAACUACAUAUCAGCCCUCAACAGACAGUGGCACCCAGAGUGUUUUGUGUGUUGGGAAUGUCGCAGCACCUUUGGAGUGGGUAGUUUCUUCGACUAUGAAGGCCUGCCGUACUGCGAGAUGCACUACCACGCCAAGAAAGGCUCCCUGUGUGCGAGCUGUGAGAAGCCCAUCACCGGGCGUUGCAUCACCGCCAUGUUCAAGAAGUUUCACCCCGAGCAUUUUGUCUGUGCCUUCUGCUUGAAACAGCUGAACAAGGGAACGUUCAAAGAACAGAAUGACAAGCCGUAUUGCCAUCCUUGCUUUGUCAAGUUGUUUGGUUAGCGCCGCCAUACACAACUUUCAUAUUUUUUACUGGUGAAGAAAUACGGCUAAUUAGCCUAAUAGGUAAAUGCUUUUUACAAUUGAAAAUUAACUGCAUUAUUCUGCUUCUUAAGAUACUUUAUAUAAUUUUUUAUGAUUGUUUUUUUUUAAUAUAACUAACUUUAACACACAAAAAUUCAUCAGAUGUUGAAAGAGCUGUUUUAUUGGCUAGUGUUUGUUUUCUUCAAAAUAAGACAAAUAUUAUGUAUAGAAUUUUACAUUUUCAUGUAUGAAAGUAACUGUUAAGUUAAAAAUUGUUUUUUGGGUUUUAAGUUCUAACAAGAUGUGAAGAAAAAGAAAAUAUUUCUUUAAGAACGCACUUGUAACUUGGUACAAGUUGAAGCAGUAAAAACAUGUAGCUGCUUAUGUGUAAAGUAUUAUCAAUUUUCUAGUUCAUGUUUUUGUAGACCUACUGUGAUUUCUAAUUUUAAGACCAGACAAAUGAGCUUCAACUAUUUAUUGAGUGAGUACUGGACCACAGUGGAUGGUGUGUUGAGUUGUGCAUGUUGGUUUCAUCAUAUUUACAGGUGUGCAUAGAACUGUUUACUAUUUGUGUUUCUUAGUGCUGAACAUGCCAUCUUGAGGCUAGUCCACCACCUAAUCUGCUCAAUCUCUCUGCUCCUUUCUCUCUUGCUACAUUAAACACAAGGGCAGUUAUUUUAGGAUAUCACACCAGAAGCUAAUGAUUAGAUUUUGUAAAUUUAAACUUAUAAACGAUGACUUUAUCUGAGUAUAAUAAAAUGUUUCAUAUGAAUGCUUAACAACAACCAUGAUAUUAAUAUAUGUGACUGGAUUCUGAUUUAUGUUGUCACCUUAUAAAUUAUGAUAUUGCUGCUUUAAAUGAAGACCAAUUUUUAUAGGAAAUUUUUAUCAUUCAAAUAUUCUUUAUUAAAUAAAUUAAUACAUGUGCUUCUAUUAUACAUUGACGAUUGUCAAUGAAAUCUGAUAUUCUUGUUAGAUUUAUAAGUUAAGAAUACAUAUUUUGUCUUGUCUUGUUCCUAUUAAGGAAACAUAAUACGAAUUUGUCACUGUAAUUCUGUUGACGACAUGUAUUUUGAUGAUGUGAGCGCAGACUAGCAUUUGGUAGCUUACUCUCUCAGUCAAAUAAUGGGGAAUAUAGUUUCAUUUGACAUCCUACCUUGCCAUGUGUACAUAUUGCUUUGUGUUAAAUAAAGAAAUAAUCUCCAUUACUUUUAUGUACACGUCAAACAGUUUUAAGCUCAGAGGUGUAAGAAUAUUUGACAAGAGGUGUAAGAAUAUUUGAAGGACUAUUACUUUUUUUACCAUUGGAAGUUUAGAGGUGGGAGUUAUUUGCUUUAGUUUAUUGCUUCUGUGAUAGUGGUUUCAUAUGCCAGAUACAUUUUUAUAUUAACUAACCAAAUACAAGAUUAUAAAUGCUUAAAUUGGAUAGAUAUGUUUUUAUAAUACAGAACCAAAAAGAAAAGAAAUUUAAUAAUUUCAAAUGGGGCAAAAAAAAGAAUUUCUUUUGUUUUGUAUCUUUGUUGGUAUGCAGCUGGUGAAAGUGUGCUUUUUAAAGACACUUCUUUUGGAAACUGUGUACUUCUGGAGUGUACAGCCCUGUUUUAAGUAACUAUUAUGUUAGUUUUUGCAGUUGUUUUGUAUAUAAAGGGUACAUCUACUUAAAGUACUUUGGUUUGAUUAGCACCUGUAGAUAAUUAAUGUGCCUUGCAUUGUCUGGGUCUUAAUUUCAUUCAUCAGGAAAUGUCCUGGAUAACAUGUUGAUGUUCUAACAUUUGGUGUCAGUCUGUUAAUAUUGAGCAGAUCAUAGAGAUAUUUUUACUUUACUUAAAACUUGUUAAUGAAUAGGAAAAACAGACCCAUUGUGCAUCAGAUUUGGCCAUUGUAGAAAAUGUUAGAUUCAAGCGAACCCUCCAAGACUCAGCCACUGUUGUCUGCAGCAUGUUAAUAUCUAACCGUUGAUAUCUUAUACCAUGUAUGCCCAUGUAACGCCUGUCUGUACAUAUUCAAUAGAACAUAUUGCACUUUAUAUCCA